ACACGCUUCCUGUUUGAUCCUUUCUUUUCGUUUUGUAAAAAUUAUCAAUACUCAAAUAUUAUGAGACUUGUCAGCUUUCUAUUUUUUUUAUUACUACCUACUUAUAGCUGGGCCUUAUUCGGUAUAGGCGGAGGCCUGAUUUUAAUGAAUGAAGAUAAACGUGCAAAAUCAAAUUUGUUAAGCUCUGACCGUCGAUGUACAGAGUUUCCCAGCCAUUUUAUUGCUGCUCAUGUUCAGAACACUGGAAGUAGCCACUGUGCGUUAUGGACGGAUGCAAAUUGUAAAGGAAGACUCUAUGUUGUUCCCGCGCAUUAUACGAUGCGGUUGCCUGCUGAAAAUUUCAAAUCUCUAAUUUGUUAACCGAUCAUUUCUUCAUUUUCUCAUAUCUACUCCGCUACUGCUAUGUAUAGGAUGGAGCAUCUUUCUCU